AUGGAGACUGCUCCCCUCCUCUCGUCGGUGGGCGGUCUGCCUGGCCCUACCACGCUGCAGGACCAUCCGGCCUUCCUACGAGCCAGCCAUUCUCCAUGGAGACUCAUCCCACAGAAUGUCCUAGUGAUCCUCCGAGGGCUCGUCCUCGCCUACCUCUCUGCAGUUACGGUCAUGGUUGCCAACGACAAGCUUACAACAGAAUCGGAAUUUACGAAUUGGAGGCACUUCUUCGACUUUGCCAUUGUAAGCUUCUUCUUGGUACUCGUAUAUCACAUCAUCACUUUUUCGUGGACAUUCACCCAUUUAUACUACCCCCACGUCGAAGAAACCGAUGGAAUCGAAUCAUACAUCAUCUCGGCAAUGUCUCUGCCAAGGAACAUGGCCAGUCUGCGCAACCAAUUUUACUUCACCAUGUUCUACGCCACAUCUGUUGUUUUUUCCUUCAUGAACUCUACCGUAUAUUGGUUCAUCACUCGGCAAAACGACGUUGACGAGCCUGAGGAUCCCCCGCCCCUGGACUUGGUAUCGGCUCUGCCAGCGAUGCCCGAUACUCCCUUCAGCGAUUUAUUCGGAGAGGGUUGGUUUAAGGCGUUUGUCCUCAUCAAUCUCUAUGGUGUCACGUCUGUGAUCAUGAUGAUUGAAAUACUCUUCUUCAACAGCAUCAAGCGCCCCUUCGCCAUUGGCUCGCAUCUAAUAGGGCUAAUCCUACUUUCCGGACUUUAUCUCGGCUGGGCAGCGAUUGGGAAACUAGUAACUGGCUGGUUCGCAUUCGAUUGGCUUGAUGAAAGCAAGGUUGGCUCACAGGAGGCUGUCACUGCUUAUUGCAUCGGCUUCGUUCUUCUUGCACCUCUCAGUGAGUCUCAUGGGCGCAUUAUUCAUUCAAAGCAAUCAUCCUAA